AUGAGAGCCUUCGCCAUCGCCGCUGGGCUUCUGAGCCUGCUCUCCCCAGUUGUCGCAAGCUCCGCCGCGGCAGACAAGUCGGAAGUCAAUCAGCCAUCCACCUUCAAGCCGCCUCAGGUCUUCAAGAACGCCAAUCUUGUACACAUCAUCUCCCUCGAGAAGAACUACGUCAAGGAGUCAAUCAAUGUCCUGAUCGAGAACAUUGACAAGCAACCCCAAGAUGAAUACUAUCUGCCAUUCACCCCCGACCAGAUGUCGCGCGUUGGCGGCUUCGAGGCCAAGGAUAGGAAGGACCCCGAAGCUGGACCCUUUGCUGUUGACGCUGUCGAGUUCGAUCCUUCGAGCGAGAUUCAGUACUACAAGAUUAAGCUGCCCGCGCCCUUGAAGGCUGGCGGCCAGCAGACCCUGAGCAUCUCCUACUACCUCCUCAAGGCCUACAAGCCCCUACCCGCCGCGAUCGCCCAGGAGGAAAACCAGUUCCUCGCCUACGACUUUUCAGUGUACGCUCCCUCGGCCUACGUCACGACGAAGCAGAAGACCGAGCUCAAGUCACACUCGUCAAACAUCCCCGAUUACACCAAGCUCCCUGGCAGCGGUGACAUCAAGGAGUUCCCUCAGAAGGCCGGCUCGAAGCUCACCUACGGCCCAUUUGACGAGAAGCCCGCCGGUGCCGUCUCCAAGGCCCAAGUGCGAUUCGAGUUCACCAAGCCCGUUACUCACGUCUCCAAGCUCGACCGUGACAUCGAGGUCAGCCACUGGGGAGGAAACGUGGCUUUCGAGGAGAGAUACGAGCUCUACCACCGCGGUGCGAACCUGUCCAAGCUCUUCAACCGUGUCAAGUGGCAGCAGUCGCAAUACUUUAACCCCAACACCUACGCUCUGAAGGAGUUGCGCUUUCCCCUGAAGGUUGGCAGCGCCGACGCCUACUUCACCGAUGCUAUUGGCAACGUUUCGACGUCGAGAUUCCGUAGCAACAAGCGCGAGGCUCUCUUAGAGAUCAAGCCCCGCUACCCCGUGUUUGGUGGCUGGAAGUACCCCUUCACAAUCGGCUGGAACUCUGAUGCCAAGAACUUCGUCCGCACCGUUGAGGCCGGAAAGUACGUUGUCAAUGUGCCUUUCCUCGAGGGACCUAAGCAGCCCGAGGGUAUUGAGUACGGCCAGGUCAACCUGCGCAUCCUUCUCCCCGAGGGAGCCACGAACGUCAAGUUCUACACCAGCAUUCCCCAGUCGGCCAUCGCUGAAUCGGCUGUUGGCGUCCAUCAGACCUACCUCGACACCGUCGGUCGCACCUCUGUUACCCUCAAGGCUCAGAACCUUGUUGACGAGUUCCGAGACCGCGAGGUGAUUGUCACAUACGACUACUCGGUGGCUUCUGCUCUGCGGAAGCCUCUCAUCGUCUUCGCCAGCAUGGUGUUUGUCUUUGUUGCGGCUUGGGUUGUUGGUGGACUGAACCCUACGAUCGCGAAGAAGAAGUAA